AUGCCUUCCGCCACGGGAGCGAACUGGGAGAAGUACAAGAAGAACUUUGCCGAUGACGAAGAACCUGAGAAGAAGAUCACUCCUCUUACAGAUGAGGACAUUGCAGUACUCAAGACCUACGGCGCGGCUCCGUACGCAAACGCAUUAAAGAAGCUAGAGAAACAGAUCAAGGAUCGACAAGCGAGCGUGAAUGAGAAGAUUGGCGUCAAGGAAUCCGACACCGGUCUCGCACCUCCACAUUUAUGGGACGUUGCCGCGGAUAGGCAACGCAUGGCGGAGGAGCAGCCACUGCAGGUGGCUCGUUGCACAAAGAUCAUUCAGGAUGAGAAGGACGCGGACAAGAGCAAAUAUGUCAUCAACGUCAAGCAGAUCGCCAAGUUCGUCGUCAACCUGGGGGAGCGAGUGAGUCCUACAGAUAUCGAAGAGGGCAUGAGAGUUGGUGUCGACCGAAACAAGUAUCAGAUCAUGCUGCCGCUCCCACCCAAGAUCGAUCCCAGCGUUACGAUGAUGACGGUCGAAGAUAAGCCGGAUGUUACAUACGGGGAUGUUGGAGGCUGCAAGGAGCAGAUCGAGAAGCUACGAGAAGUUGUUGAGAUGCCACUAUUGUCGCCCGAACGUUUCGUCAACCUCGGUAUCGACCCGCCCAAGGGAGCUCUGCUCUACGGACCCCCCGGAACCGGAAAGACUCUCUGCGCGCGAGCCGUCGCCAACCGAACCGACGCGACGUUCAUCCGUGUCAUCGGUAGUGAGCUUGUCCAGAAGUAUGUUGGUGAGGGUGCCCGGAUGGUCCGCGAGCUGUUCGAGAUGGCCCGAACCAAGAAGGCGUGCAUCAUCUUCUUCGACGAAAUUGACGCCGUCGGUGGUGCCCGUUUCGACGACGGAGCAGGCGGUGACAAUGAAGUUCAGCGUACUAUGCUUGAACUAAUCACGCAGCUUGACGGUUUCGAUGCCCGAGGAAACAUCAAGGUCAUGUUCGCUACCAACCGACCGUCAACGCUCGACCCCGCCCUGAUGCGUCCCGGACGUAUCGACCGUAAGAUCGAGUUCUCUCUCCCUGACGUUGAAGGCCGUGCCAACAUUCUCCGCAUCCACGCCAAGAGCAUGUCCGUGGAGCGCGAUAUCCGAUGGGAGCUCAUCUCUCGACUUUGCCCCAACGCGACCGGUGCAGAGCUUCGAAGUGUCGCGACAGAGGCCGGCAUGUUUGCCAUCCGUGCCCGACGGAAGGUUGCCACGGAGAAGGACUUCUUGGCCGCUGUGGACAAGGUGAUCAAGGGCAACCUGAAGUUCAACUCGACGGCUACAUACAUGCAAUAUAACUAG